AUGAAGCCCCUCUCUGUUCUUGCGCUCUUCGCCGCCACUGCCCUGGCCCUCCCCACGGGAGAGAAACCCGGUGACAAAGACGUCAAGCAUGCGUACCCGCCACCUCCUGACAAGGGCGGAGACAACUACCCGCCUCCCCCGAAGCAUGAGGUAGAGAAGACUCCGCCGCCUCCUAAGCAUGAGGACGACAAGGACAAGUACCCGCCACCUCCCAAACACGAGGACGACAAGGACAAGUAUCCCGUCCCUCCGAAGCACGAGGACGACAAGGACAAGACCCCGCCGCCCCCGAAGCACGAGGACGACAAGGAGAAGUACCCCGUUCCUCCCAAGCAUGAGGAAGACAAGACUCCGCCACCCCCGACGCACGAAGACAACAAGGACAAGUACCCUGCGCCCCCUAAGCACGAUGACGACAAGGACAAGUACCCUCCUCCGAAGCACGACGAUGACAAGACUGCGCCGCCACCCAAGAACGACGACGACAAGACUGCGCCGCCUCCGAAGCAUGAAGACGACAAGGACAAGUACCCCGUCCCUCCCAAGCACGAGGACAAGACCCAGCUGCCUCCGAAGCACGACGAUGACAAGGACAAGUCCACGCCCCCGAAGCAUGACGACAAGACCGACACCCCCCUCACUCCCCAGCAUGACGACGGCCACUCUCGUCAGCACGGAGACGAGGACUCCGCUCUGCCAAUCAAGGGCUUGGGCGACUUCCUUCCGAAGAUUCCCGGUUUUGGCGGCAUCUAA